GUGAAAAAUGUAGAUGCAAUAAAGGAGAGGAAGAAGGGUGAAAGUCCAAAGAAUGCCGUCGAUGCACCCGUACUCAUUCCUGGAGGUAUCUUCAGAAAACCAGAAUUCUCUUUGGGUCCUGAGACAUACCG